UGAAGUUCUAACGUCUAGGCCAUGCUGAUUAAAAGCUUGAAUGAAUCAACACUUAACUCUAAAUUCCCCACAAUUCGGGAAGCUCUACUCAAAUUGGCAACACAGCGUAUCUGCCUAUUAUUCUCAUUCGUGAUACAGGUCUGCGGUUAACGGUAGGAAAUAUGUACGAAUAGCGAUGAAAGUAGACGAGCCGAUGCUCUGUUGCCAAGAAAUGAUUUCCCAUGUAUAACAAUGGUUUUUCCUAAGGUGUAUAAUCAUCCAGAUGUGAUCUUGCUAUUCAACCAACUUUCUCCUCGGAGAUGAAAGCUACAG